CACACGCCUCACUACUCCCUCCCCGUCCCCUAUUCUCUCAUUAAGGCCAACUGAUUCCCUUCCCCCUAAUCGAAUCAACUCGAUAUGAAAUAAGAGAUGGGGGAAGAAGAUUAAGGAGAGAAGCUGAAGCGCCCCAUCUCCUCCAGCUUCUUGCAUUCCCCCACCGCCGGCCGAUCUCCUCGCAAACCCUCGCCCCGAAUUCGAUCGAAACGGCCCCGAAACACUACGCUUCCCAAAUGCCGAUGCUGCUGGCCACCGAUUUCUCGUGUGAAUGCAAGAGCUGAUCGGCCGUGUGGGGAUUCCUCCAUCCCGAGUCGGUUUGCUCGCGAUGAGCCGCAGGGUGCGGCGGCGGACCUCCCAAUCCAGAGAUAAGGAGAAGGUCGCCGUGUCGCCGCCCUACGCUGAGGCUCCCGACCACUGCGAGAUCCCGCGGCCCGGCGGCUGCUGCUGCGGCGGCGGCGGUGGAGCGGCGGGCGUGGACUGGACCGCUCUCCCCGACGAUACGGUGGUACAGAUCUUCUCCCGCCUCAAUUACCGCGACCGAGCGAGCCUCGCCUCCACCUGCCGCUCCUGGCGCCGCCUCGGCUCCUCCCCUUCCCUGUGGACGUCGCUCGACCUCCGCGCCCACCGCUGCGACCCCGACAUCGCGGCCGGCCUCGCGGGGCGGUGCGCUCACCUCCGCCGGCUCCGCUUCCACGGAUCCUCCUCUGCCUCUGCACUCAUCUACCUCCAGGCGCGCGGCCUCCGGGAGAUUGCCGGAGACUGCUGCCGCGAGAUCACCGACGCCACCCUCUCCGUGCUUGCCGCGCGCCAUGAGGCCCUCGAGAGCCUUCAGAUCGGCCCGGACCCCUGCAUGAGGAUCACCAGCGAUGCAGUCCGCCAUAUAGCCAUGUGCUGCACGAGGCUGAGGCGGCUGCGCCUCUCUGGUAUACGGGAAGUCCAUGGCGAGGCCAUUAACGCCCUUGCGAAGCACUGUCCGCAAUUGGCGGAGCUUGCGUUCUUGGACUGUGGCUUAAUCGAUGAGGGUGCACUUGAGAAGGUGGUGUCACUGAGAUUCUUGUCGGUGGCUGGCUCGAGGAAUUUGAAGUGGUCUACGGCAUCCCUCUCAUGGAGCAAUCUCCCAAGCUUGGUUGCUAUGGACGUCUCAAGGACGGAUGUGUCUGCUAGUGCUGUCUUGAAACUUCUCUUGACGUCAAAGACUUUGAAGGUACUUUGCGCUCUCAACUGUACAGUAUUCGAGGAGGAAUGGAGCUAUAAUUCUACAGCAUGCAGAAAAACUAAGGGAAAGCUGCUCCUUGCCCAAUUCUCCAACGUGUUCAGUGGGGUUGCUUCUUUCUUCAAAGGAUAUGGAUAUGUUGUUAGAGAACAGAGUAUUUUUGCAGAAUGGAGAAGCUUGCUGAAUGAGGAUAAGAACCUGAGUGAUAUCAUGAGCUGGCUGGAGUGGAUACUCUCACACUCUCUUCUUCGAGUGGCAGAGAGUAAUCCAAAUGGAAUGGAUGGAUUUUGGUUGAGACAAGGGGCUGCUCUUUUGCUGAGCUUAGUCAAAAGUUUUCAGGAGGAUGUACAGGAAAGAGCAGCAACUGGGCUGGCCAUAUUUGUAGUGACUGAUGACGAGAAUGCAACAGUGGAACCAGCAAGAGCAGAAGCGGUUUUGCAAAAUGAUGGAAUCCCCUUGCUUCUGGAACUUGCAAGGUCUUCUCAGGAGGGUGUGCAGUCUGAAGCUGCAAAGGCCAUUGCAAACUUGUCAGUGAAUUCCAAAGUUGCAAAAGCAGUUGCUGAUGAAGGGGGCAUACGUAUCCUAGCUAAUCUCGCAAGGUCCUCAAACAGAGUGGUUGCUGAAGAAGCUGCUGGAGGGCUUUGGAACCUGUCUGUGGGAGAAGAGCACAAGGCAGCCAUUGCUGAUGCUGGUGGGGUAAAAGCUCUGGUGAAUCUUAUCUUCAAAUGGACAUCUGGAGUUGAUGGAGUUCUUGAACGAGCUGCUGGUGCACUUGCAAAUCUGGCUGCUGAUGACAAGUGCAGUGUUGAGAUUGCGAUGGCCGGUGGUGUCCGUGCACUUGUUACACUCGCUAGGACAUGCAAGGUUGAGGGAGUGCAAGAACAGGUGUUCUCCUCUCAGGCUGCUCGAGCAUUAGCCAAUUUGGCAGCUCAUGGUGACAGCAAUAGUAAUAAUGCUGCUGUUGGUCAAGAGGAGGGUGCACUUGAGGCACUAGUGCAAUUGACUUUUUCUCAAAAUGAAGGUGUAAGGCAAGAAGCUGCUGGCGCUUUAUGGAACUUAUCAUUUGAUGAUAGAAAUCGAGAAGCUAUCGCUUUAGCUGGUGGAGUUGAAGCCUUGGUAGCUCUUGCACAUGCAUGUGCAAAUGCUUCUCAAGGACUUCAGGAAAGGGCUGCUGGAGCUUUGUGGGGCUUGUCAGUCUCGGAAGCUAAUAGCAUCGCAAUUGGACGAGAAGGUGGUGUUGCACCAUUAAUCGCAUUGGCACGCUCAGAUGCUGAAGAUGUUCAUGAGACUGCCGCUGGGGCUCUCUGGAAUCUUGCUUUUAAUUCUGGUAAUGCUCUCCGAAUAAUUGAAGAAGGGGGAGUUCCAGCUCUUGUACAUCUUUGUUCAUCAUCUGGAUCAAAAAUGGCUCGUUUUAUGGCUGCAUUGGCACUUGCUUACAUGUUUGAUGGAAGAAUGGAUGAAGUUGCACUAGUUGGCUCUUCAUUAGAAGGUCGUUGGAAGAGUGUUAACUUUGAUGGGGCUAGAAGGAUGGCAUUGAAGCAUAUAGAAGCUUUCGUGUUGACCUUUUCAGAUCCACAAGUUUUCUCGAUGGCUGCCUCAUCCUCAGCUCCUGCAGCCUUGGCACAGGUAGCGGAUGCAGCUCGUAUACAAGAAGCAGGUCAUUUGAGAUGCAGAAUUGUGAAAUUUGGUGGUGCUGAAGCUAUGAAUCUUUUCUUUUUACUGUAAGCACUAUGGUUGCUUCAGCUGUUACAUACUGCAGCAAGAGGGUGCUGAUACCUGGAACUCGGGUAUUAAUACACAUUUAGGCACUUACUAUGAUUAUUAGUUGAUUACUAUUCAUUCCAAGCCUAUUCACUGGCUCGGAUAUUUAUCCAAAUUUGUCUUUUUUAUAUUUAGAGGAGUUUGAGGUUUUGCCUUCCCCAACUCUGACAAUUCAUCUCCCUCUUCUGAUAAGCACUAUGGUACCUCUGGGUUCCUGAGGCAGGUGCUGCAUUACUUGCGGAUGUUGGACGGGAAGCUAGAGGAGCACAGAGAGUGCUGGAAGAGAAGUGGUCUGUUCUAACAAGAGUUCCGGGUUGGGAGAUACUUCCUAUUAAUGCUGCCAGUGCCCCACUUCACACCAAGUGUUGACAGGGGACAUCAUCAUGUUUUGGUGAAUGACCAGCACUGCUGGUGUCAGCAGGAACAAUAACUAGAUAAGCGCAUGAUGUUUGUUGAAGUUUGUACCUAGUUUUGUGAAAUUUAAAUGUCUAAAGCAAAUACAGUUGCUCUUGGUUGCUUGAACCUAAAAUGUUUGACUAAGUUUGAGGCCUUUCCUCUAACCCAAGUUAGGUCUUUGAAGCAACUAGGCAUGCCUAAACUGAUUAGAUAAAUAGUUCAGAUGUAAAACUUUUGUACCUUGCAUGGCUUGUGUGAUUCACAAAAUCUGUCCAAAAAUUUUAAGCUGUUAUGUUGUUUUGCAAUGACAUUCUUGAAUUUAUUUGCAUUGUUUCUGUCCACUUAAGGUGUGACCCUUUCUAUGCGUUCUAUGUUCAUUCUGCUGAUAUAGUUUACAAGAAAAAAGAAUCUUAUUUACCUUG